UGCUUCUGGUGGCAGGCGGCACUGUGUUGAAGAUAUGUGACUUUGGAACAGCAUGCGACAUUCAGACCCACAUGACCAACAACAAAGGAAGUGCAGCAUGGAUGGCCCCAGAGGUAUUUGAAGGCAGCAAUUACAGCGAGAAGUGUGAUGUGUUCAGCUGGGGGAUCAUUCUCUGGGAAGUGAUCACUCGCAGGAAGCCAUUCGAUGAAAUUGGAGGACCAGCUUUUCGCAUUAUGUGGGCCGUGCACAAUGGCACAAGACCUCCUUUAAUCCAAAAUGUACCCAAGCCCCUUGAGAGUCUGAUGACUCGCUGCUGGUCUAAAGACCCCUCUCAGCGGCCUUCCAUGGAGGAGAUAGUGAAGAUCAUGACUCAUCUAAUGAAGUACUUCCCUGGAUAUGAUGAACCGCUGCAGUAUCCAUACCAGUAUUCAGAUGACGGACAGAGCAACUCUGCUACCAGUACAGGUUCCUAUGUGGACAACACUGGCACCAGCAACGUAAGUGACGCAAACAUGGAGCACAGUGAUUCCCAAGGGAGUAACGAUACUAUCAAGAUCAUGCCUCAGUUUGCUCCUUACUUCAAGCCAAAGGCAGACCCGUUGAGGUCUCUGCCUCUGUCGAGGGGGGGCAGUGUGGAGAGUCUGCCUGCACGGACACAGUGCCUGACAUCAUCUGACAGCAAGAGAAUGAGCGCUGACCUGUCGGAGCUGGAGCCCAAGCUGCCAUUUGCACCUGCAGCCACAUGCGAGCCUCAGAGACGGCGCUCAGUGCAGGACCUGCCCGGCAUCUGCUCAGAGUCCAGCCAGGGGAGCAGGAACAGCAGCCGCUCCUCCAGUCCCAGUGUGAGGAUGAUGCCCCCCGAUAAGACCAGCAGCAGAGGGUACUUCUCCCCCGAUGACCCUACAGACACAAACGGCUCAGACAACUCCAUUCCCAUGGCCUAUCUGACCCUGGAUCACCAGCUGCAGCCUCUCGCUCCCUGUCCCAACUCCAAAGAGUCCAUGGCUGUGUUUGAGCAGCACUGCAAGAUGGCGCAGGAAUACCUGAAGGUGCAGACUGAGAUCGCCCUGCUCAUCCAGAGGAAGAAGGAGCUCAUCGCUGAGCUGGACCAGGACGAGAAGGACCAGCAGAACACGUCCCGUCUGGUGCAGGAGCACAAGAAGCUGCUGGAGGAGAACAAGAGCCUGUCCACCUACUACCAGAAGUGCAAGAGACAGCUGGAUCUGAUCCGGGUGCAGCAACAGAAGAGACAGGGCACGUCCUGAUGAGGCGGAGACAAAUGAACUCCUAACCCCCCUCCCCCUCCUCACCCCAGCAACCGAACACUACCCCCCCUCACGCUUCUCUCUCACUCACACACACACACACACACACACACACACACACACACACACACACACACACACACACACACACACACACACACACACACUUCUGUCGGAGACCUGCACUGUGUCCUGCAUGUUGAAGACCCUCGCUCCGGUGGGGCAGGAAGUGACGUCCUCUGAACAUUUGCACAUCCUCACAGUGUGUUCGGUGAGCGCAGACCAAACAAUCACUGCCCCCCCCCCCCCUCUGAUGAGUGUGUCUACAUGUUUGCUCUGGACAGCCACUCGUCGUCCACGAUGUGAAAACCAAGACGAAGGCUGGUCAGUGAACAAUGUGCAGGAUCCCUGAGGAUGUGUGGACACGUGGAUUCCCUCAUAAGCAAACCCCCCACCCCUUAAAUCAACACAUUUAUCUCCGACUUUGUUCUAAUCGUGAGCAUGAGUCGAUUCGCGUGUGCCCCUCAGGUUUUGAGGUCAGAGAGGCAUGUACUUCCUGUCUCUGAUAAAGGAAAGCUGGGGUUUGUGUAGACCUGAAAAGCUCCUCAUGCUGUUCAAACUACUUCUGGCUCCCAGAGCUAACAGCGGACCCCCUUCCCCUUUCCACUUCUGUAUUGUUUUUGCGUGUAGAUGUUUUCGUCUUUUCUAUCCAGUAGUUCACUUUGUAUGAUAGCUCUUGUGUCAUUUUUGCGCAAGGAAAUAUUUUAUCUCGUGGGGGAUGCCCUUGCGGACAAAUAGAGGAGCGUAUACCUCCGUACUGUGUCUAGUUUGUUUUUAGUUCACAUGUUGCCUUAGAAGUUGCCUGCAUUUUAAGUGCUUGUUUUAUUUGACAUGUCGUGGGGAUAAAAGAAGAGGAUAUCUUUUAAUGGAUUUUGAAUGAACUUCUUGGAGGGAGUGAGAAGCGACUAUGAUUUACUCUAAAAGAAUGAGUUUUCUUUUCUUGGUCUCAUAUCCCAAGAAUACUUUUGCACAAUCAAUUUAGCUUUGUCUGGUCCUGUACACAUUUUAUUUCUCAUUUAAACUCAUUUUAAAAUGUCAAGACUUGACGAGUCUUACUUUUAAAUGUGUUUCUGUGCAGAAGUAAUCUUCAUCGGGUCUCCGCUUCAGUUUUCUGAUCAUGGAUUUAGCACACACCACAGCAGUGAUGAAGGCAUUAUGAAAUAAACUGAAUGGUGAAAAGA